AUGGCGGUUGUUAGUCGCAAACGAAAUAGACCUGAAGAAUGGGGUGACAUCGAGCCAUCGCCUGUCAUUCACCUUAGUGAUCUGCCGGAACACACUUUGGAAAUAGAUUUGGAGAAGAUGCUCCAACAAUAUGGUGCUGUUCGCGAAAUAACGAUAAUGCCGAAUAAACGACAAGCACUUGUUGAAUUUGAGGAUCAAAGCGGUGCUGACAAGGUAGUGGCUCGUGCUGCCGAACAACAAUUUCUUGUUGGAAAUCAACGCAUUCGGGUAGCUUACAGUACAUCCAAGCGCAUAAUUCAUCGUGCCGGUGUGACAGAGGAAUACGGCGAUGAACGUUGUCCUCCUUCCGAGAACAACAUUCUCUUACUCACAAUAUAUAACGCACACUACCCGAUAAAUGUGGACGUGAUACACCAGGUUGCAAAUCGCCAUGGAAAGGUAUUGCGAAUUGUAGUUUUCCGUCGCAAAGAGGUCCAGGCGAUGGUUGAGUUUUCUUCAGUCGCUGAGGCCCGAGCAUGCAAACGUCAUAUUAAUGGAGCUGAUAUAUAUUCGGGCAAAUUUGAAUCCGGCCAUCCGGACCAGUUUGUUCCUUCAGCCAAAGGCCCGUCAGAAUUCCAAGACACUCAUUCUUCAUCAGGGUCACAGGGUUUGACUAGUUCUCACACACUUUUGAAUGCCCUUGCCAUGCUGACGCCGGGCAGUUCCGCAAUCGCUCCCGUUAAUGGAUUUCCGUAUUCAGACCUGGGACUUCCUCAUAAUUUGCGGAAGUCCGGCUCCCCUGUGGUGAUGGUCUACAACCUGAAUAUGAGUCACAUGAAUUGCGAUCGGCUUUUCAAUCUUUUUUGCCUAUAUGGAAAUGUCGGGCGGAUCAAGUUUCUCCGUUCUAAAGAAGGUUCUGCGAUGGUGCAAAUGCACGAUGUCGCUAGCGUAGAUCGUGCACUGGCUUACCUUCCGAUGAUAACCUUUGCAGGUCAAACGCUUAACGUAAGUCCUGCCAUCUGCAUUGUUUGA